AUGUUCAACCGCAAUAAUGUCCCCUUCGCAGCAAGGCCCAAUCCUGGACCCGACCCGCGAAGGACUGGCUACGACCCUGUAAUGGGGGAUCCUAAUCGCGGGGGUUACGGAGGAGGUCCGCCACCUCCGCAGCGAGGACCACCACAAGGUGCAAGGAGGCCAGUUAACGACGCUGCGGGAGCGACCUGGUCGUUGCGCUCAGAGAAGAGUCCGAAUACUCUUUAUACAUAUGGAAAUCUGGUAGCCGUUUCUCCUGCGGAUUUCCCUCCUCAAGCCUUUGGACGCGACUUUUACCUACUAGUUAAUGACUACUACGUCCUAUCUGCGCGGCCUCUUGAUGGCUUCCCACAAGGGUACAUUGGUUUCUCGGAGCGGCAGCGAAUGUGGGCUAGGAUCGCCGUUACAGAUUCUGUGAGAGCACAGAUUUACAACCCAUUCACUCAGGAGAGAAAGGCCUAUCUCGGCUCGAGUGAUGUCGAGGUGGGUUUCGCCGGGAAAUCUAGGACAGAAGAGCCGUACGACCAGGGUGAACUGGCAAAUGCUGUCAUUGAGAAAUUCAAAGACCAGAUUUUGGCACCGGGCCAAAAAGUGCUGAUGGACCAUCGGGGUAUUCCUCUUUCUUUGACUAUAAAGACUGUCGAGUUGAUAGACUUGAUGUCCGAGAAGCAAGCCCAACCAUCGGAAGGCGGCGUUGCAACUGAUCCUACAGCGCGAGGCAUUCUUACCCCUCAUACACUUCUCAACUUUUACAAAGAUGCAAAGAGCGGAAUCAAUUUGAAAGCUUCUGACCGCAGGCCUGCCGCCAACUCCAUCAUCCGACCGGAUUUCAAGUUCGAGGAUAUGGGCAUCGGCGGCUUGGAUGCGGAAUUUAGCACAAUUUUUCGUCGAGCCUUUGCGUCGCGGAUCUUCCCGCCUGGUUUAAUCAACAAAUUGGGUAUACAGCAUGUUAAGGGUAUUCUUCUAUAUGGAGUUCCCGGAACAGGAAAGACAUUAAUUGCCCGGCAGAUUGGUAAAAUGCUGAAUGCUCGAGAACCCAAGAUCAUCAACGGUCCAGAAGUGCUUAAUAAAUAUGUCGGCCAGUCAGAAGAAAAUAUUCGAAAAAUGUUUGCCGAUGCUGAAAAGGAAUACAAGGAGAAAGGAGACGAGAGUGCGUUGCAUAUCAUCAUUUUUGACGAACUUGAUGCCGUCUGCAAACAGCGUGGCAGCGGAGCUGGUGGUGGCACUGGUGUUGGUGAUAGCGUCGUCAAUCAAUUGCUUUCGAAACUUGACGGAGUUGACCAGCUCAACAAUAUUCUCUUGAUUGGUAUGACGAAUAGGAAGGACAUGAUCGACGAUGCCUUGUUGCGACCUGGUCGUUUGGAAGUUCACAUGGAAAUCGGCUUGCCAGAUGAGAAGGGUCGCGCUCAAAUCCUGAAAAUUCACACUCAAAAGAUGAGGGAUAACAAUGUGAUGGAACCUGAUGUCAAUUUGGUGGAACUCGCGCAGCUAACGAAGAAUUACUCGGGUGCUGAAAUUUCCGGACUUGUGAAGGCUGCAACCUCGUUUGCCUUCAAUAGGCACGUCAAGCCCGAUACGGUGGCCGGUAUUAAGGAGGAUGUUUCCAACUUGAAAGUUCGACGAGACGAUUUCCUAAAUGCUCUUGAUGAAGUCAAACCGGCCUUUGGUGUGGCGGAGGAGCAGCUUAGUGACUGCGUUCAGCAGGGUAUCAUCCAUUAUUCCCCCAGAGUGCUUGAAAUCCUGAAAGAAGGAAACCUGUUUGUGCAACAGGUCGGUGCAGAAGGCGGAACCCCUCUAUUCUCAGUCUUAUUCCAUGGCCCUCCGGCAAGUGGUAAGACUGCGCUUGCGGCACGAAUAGCCAUAGACUCGGGCUACCCAUUCAUUCGGCUUAUUAGCCCGGAAGACAUGGUUGGCUUCAGCGAGACAGCGAAAAUUCAGCAUAUAACAAAGAUCUUCAUGGACGCGUACAAGAGUCGCACCAGUAUUGUAGUUGUUGACAACAUUGAGCGAAUAAUCGACUGGGUUCCCAUUGGCCCUCGCUUCAGCAACUCUGUGCUUCAAACUUUGAUGGUUUUCACUAGGAAGGCUCCUGCGAAUGGACGCCGUCUCUUGAUUCUAGCGACUACCACAGAGCGCGCCCUACUCAAAGAUCUAGAUAUGUACAGCUCGUUCAAUGCCGACAUCGAGGUCCCAACAGUCAGCACAUACGAUGAGCUGCGGCAUAUCCUAGGGACCUCUGAAUCAUUCACACCGGAGGAGGUUGACAGAAUUCUUGGAAGCAUCUAUAGCAUUGAAGAUGACCAGAAGAUCGGUGUGGGAGUCAAGAAGAUCUUGCUGGGGAUUGAGACGGCCAAACAGGAUGUUGACAAGGCAGGCCGUUUUGCAAACGUGAUUAAUCGGUUGAUAGACCAGGAUAGAAAGGUUCCCGCCUUUUCAUGA